AUGUCCAAGCUCGCUGGCGACCUGCGUCUUAAGACCGACAAUACCGAGGCCAUGGACGUCUUCAACGCUGACAUGCGGUGGCCCCUAACCAAGGCGAAUAGCCCCCCACUCUGGCAGCGGCGUGGGCACUCCCAUAUGUGCCUAAUUUUCAUCCCCGAUGAGUGCCCGAAGGAAGUUUACGGCCAGAUGCAGCUGAAACAUCAUGUCCCUCAUCGCUCUUGA